AUGUCUCCCGCGGAAGUUCCCACCAACACCCUCAUUGACCAGAUUAAUGAUGCUGCUGUCCUGGCGGCAUUGGGUCACAAAGAAGAACUGAAUCGACAAUUCUCCUUUUUCUCCCUGGCAGCGUAUGCUACCAUCACUGCCAACGCAUGGACAUCCAUCGCGGGAUCACUUAUCACUGCUAUCUACAAUGGCGGAGCACCAGGUCUGAUUUACGGCUGGAUCGCGGACUGUUUCUUCUACUUCUUCAUCGCCUUGUCUUUGGCGGAAUUGACGUCUUCCAUGCCAACCUCUGGGGGAGUAUACCACUGGUCCGCAGCUUUGGCUGGACCCAAAUACUCCAAGAUCAUUGGCUUCAUGACCGGGUAUAUGAAUGUCCUCGGCUGGACUUUGGGACUCGCGUCGCUGUUCGCGGUGACAGGCCUUGAGGUCACCGGUCUGUAUUCGCUGUGGCAUCCGGAGUAUGAGAGCAAGACCUGGCAUGUUUUCAUCGUGUUUGUCGUUCUCAACUGGACUUUUGCCGCAUUCAUCCAGUUUGGAAACAGGUUCUUACCACUGUACAACAAAAUUGGGCUCAUUUUCAACAUCGCGGCCUGGCUGGUGGUCAUCAUCUGCCUUGCGUCGAUCCCAUCAACUCAUUCCACGAAUUCAUUUGUAUGGACAGACUACAGAAAUUUGACCGGGUGGCCAAACGGAAUGAGCUUUAUCCUUGGUCUCGUGGGUCCAGCCUUUGCUAUUGGUACAAUUGACAGCACCACGCACAUGGCGGAAGAAAUCCCAAACCCAUCGCGGAAUGUACCCCGUGCUAUGUUGACAUCAUUGUUCGGUACUUUUUGGCUGGGCUUCCUUUUCCUGAUUGCGCUAUUCUACGCUGCUGGCUCGCUCGACACUAUUUUGGCUGCGAAUCCCACCUUCCCAGUCGCCAGUAUCAUGCACUCGGCAUUUGAGAACAAGAACGCUGCGUUCGCCUGCGGUCUCAUCCUUUUUUUGGCCUCGCUUCCUUGUUCCAUCGGCGCUCAGAUCACAACCGUACGCUGCACCUGGUCGUUUGCUCGUGACGGCGCCGUGCCCUUUUCGAGCUACUUUGCCAAAAUCGAUGAGACGAACGCCAUGCCGGCAAGAGCCAACAUCCUGAUCGCUUCCAUCUCCACUGCAUUAGGAGCCAUCUACAUUGGCUCAACCAUUGCAUUCAAUGCCUUAGUCGCCUCGUACGCGGUCAUGUCGACCACAUCCUACGGCAUUGCCAUUGGUGUGCACCUGUUUACAGGCAGGAAGCGGAUCAUUCCAGGCUGGCUCCAUAUGGGAAAUGGCCCGUUGGGUUUCAUCGUCAACUCGAUCGCCAUGAUCUACAUUGUGGUAUCCAACGUCUUCUUCUGCCUGCCGUACUUCAGGCCACCAGUCACUGCCGCGACGAUGAACUACACCUCACUCGUGUCCUACGGUCUUGCGUUGCUGGUUGUGAUGUGGUGGUUCGUCGGCGGUAAAAGGUCGUACAAGGGUCCGAAACUAUCGUCGCAGACCUGGGAGGCAUUGGAAGGUGUUCCGAUGGGCAACACGUCUGCGGUAGAGCCAAAGGACAGUGACAAUGCAGUGUACAGGGGCAGUAAGACUGCUACGGAUUCGUCCAAGGAGACUUAG